GCAAAACCUCCACUCGCACCGCGUCAUCAUUUUUUCGAGCCCUCCAUUUCGGGUCACGUUUACCAUUAGUUCACUUAGUCAAGGGCGAUCUCACUAAUUAUAUCUAAGAGAUUAUCGAAAACUCCAUUCUUCUAUUGUUCCCAGGGAAUCGCAAACAUGGUAUGGACAAAGGUGUCAGACACGCGCUGGGAGCGCCCAGUGGAUGGCCUGGAGGGCUACUUCGUCGUCAUGGCGAACCUCUCUGCCAGCCUAUGUGACGGGCGCGAGCACUACACGCUGUUCUCCAAGGUCAAGCUGGAGACGGGUUCCGAGGAUGCGACGCCGGCGCUCAAGCAUGCAUGGAAGCAGAUUCGCUAUGAGCAACCACAGGUCGCCACCACGGUUGAGGGGAUGAAGAAGGUGUACGAAGUCCCGGAUGAGAAGGCAUUGGAAGAAUGGCUAGAGUCGACGUUUGUGGUCUCUUCGGCAUCCGACGCCGAAGAGCUUUACCAGUCCGUGAAGCCCAUCAAACAGGCAACGAUAUACUAUUUACCCAAUUCUUCGGAAUUGGUCUUCCGAGGCCAUCAUCACACGCUCGAUGGCACCGGCGUGAUGCUGUUCUGGCAUAGCUACUUCGAGGCCCUAGCCUCGCCAAUUGAGGACAUAAAGUUCGGUGACGAGCACGUCAGGCUGGCGCCUAUCAUGGAGGAGACACUGGGCUACCCAGAACAGCCGACGCAGGAGCAAAGCGAUAAAGCGACGGCGCUGUUCCUCAGCUGGGCCACCGCUAUGCCCGGCAUCGGCCCCGUCUCCAAGCUUGGUGCAGCUCCGUCGGGACGAUGCCAGAACUCCGAGUUAGUGUUCCCCACCGAAACCACCAAGGCCAUAAUCACGGCCUGUAAAAACAAGGGUAUCAGCGUGUCCGCUGCCGUGCACGCCGCGUACAUUGGAGCUAUAACCAAGCACGCUGAUCCUAACUCCAAGCUCGCGGAAUACGUAACCGCGGCUCAGUUUAACCUACGCCCCUAUCUGCCGGAACCGUAUAGCACGAGCAAGCACGCGGUGUCGGUCUACUAUACCCCUAUUCCAUAUAAAGUCAACCUCCCGACUUCGUUCUUGGAUGUUGCCAAGUCGCUGCACGAAUACUACCAGACCACGUUCAAGAGCAACCCCGAAAUGCUCGAACUUAAGGGUCACUUCACACGAGUGCUAUGUGGUGCUGUCCAGACGCCCGAGUUCCUAGCCAGUCCGGUAUCUAAGGACGCCCUAGUCAGCAGUUUGGGUGUUGCUGAGCGUUAUGUGCAGCGGGAGUACGGUAAUGGGAUUAAGGUCAAAGACAUCAAGCUAGGCGUCGAUGUCGUUAUGGGCAUGAGCAUGUUCUUCUUUUACACAUUCCGCGACCAGCUAAGACUUGUAUAUAGCUUCAACGAUGGGUUUGAGGACCCGGAGAAUAUCCAAAAGUACUUAGAGGAGGUACAGGCGAUUCUCGUUGAAGAAUUAUUGGCAUAGACCAAGAUAGACUAGAUACAGGGGUAGACGUAGUGUCUUCGUUACAUUGAGGCUCUUGUAUCUUCUAAAACAUUACAUAGCACAAUAUUAACCGUUGUAUAAUA